AUUGCGCUGUAACCUGACAGUCUUGUUCGGGCAACUUCCUUCUUGUGCUGAGUGGUUUGAGAGCUGUAGAAUUAGGGCUCCAGGUUUUGAUGUUAGAUGCGUCACUUUUCUGUGCUCAGGAAGUUGUGACGCAAGUCAUGGGUUGGGUUUGAGGUUUUGGAAACCUUUUGUAAAGGCAAAUCACUCUCCUUGCCCUGUUUCAUUUUCAAAGUAGCAGUGACAGUUGGAAGAGUGUGGAGGCAUGCAGGCCAAAAUGCAGACGCUUGUCAGACAUAACGGGAGGAUUUUCGUGGCGCUUUGUGUAAUCCUCUUUAUGGGAUGCACAGUACAAGGGGCUCCUGUUCAGUCCGGCCACUAUGCGUGGGUCAGGUGCAGACCUGGUGCUGGUUCUGCAAAUUGCAUUGAAGAGCAAGGGCUUCGCUUUGUGAUUCCUGAUGGAAGUGCUAACAUGAUCCUCCCUCCCAUGGCUGAUCCAAUGCUAAUGAAGAAAUUUCAAGAGCACCCUGAACAUUUUCUAGUUUCUGGAGAUGAGUAUGGAUCAGGAAAUGAAAUUGAACAAGAAUAUGGGUCAGGCAUUGAAUUUGACACAGAUGAUGCCACUAUUUCUGACCAGAUCACACCUGAUCCAAACCUGAAGUUUAAACUAAAAGAUGAAGCUUUGUUUUUCCAAGAUAACAGACUGUAAUCUCUGUUAUGGCAAUCACAAUCUAAUUUCUUGCAUGCUUUUGUGUUUUAUGAUUAAGUGAAAUGACACCCAGUCAAAAGUGUUAUAAAAACUAUCAAACAAACUAUAAACGCCUUAAUUUUUUAGUGCUUCUCUUUGGUAUAAAAUGUGCUGGAUGCAAGCUUUCCCUUUUUUUAAGAUGUAAACUCACCUUCCAAAAUUUGGAAUUUCUUUUUAGUUGUCAGAAAAUAGAAUCUGAACAUAUCAGCCAUUUGUUCAAAUAGCACUUAAGUUAGGGGGAAAUACCAUUUUAAAAAAGCACCAACUUUGGUCACAUCCACAACAUAUGUUUAAAGCACAUGACUAUUCCCCAAAGAAUCUUGGGACCUGUAGUUUUGUGAAGAGGGUUGAGAAUUGCUGCUCUGUGAGGGGUAAACUGGAGUUACCAGGAUUCUUUGGGAAGCCUUGUGCUCUAAAUGUCUGGUAUGAAUGUGAAACUGGAUUAGGUAAUGGAAUGUAAGGUAAAUUUCUUCCAAAUGCCUUAUUUCCUUUUACUUGGCUUUUGACUUAGGGGUGGCUCACUCUUUUUAGCAGCCCAAGGCAAGCCAGCAAGAGUGUGCCCCAUAGCCCUUGUGUGAUUCUCAACUAUCUGAAGACACAUUCUACAUUUAGCCAAGGAGUUGGCCAUGUAAGAAGCAGUGAAAGAACCCAGACGUUUCCACUGCUUCAGGUUUGGUGGGCAUCCUUUGAAUUAUACCAAACUACGCAGUUUCCUAGUCUGUAAAACACUUUUCAAAAGUUUAAUUAGUUCGCUGUUCUUUUAAAAAAUAGACAUUCUGGAUAGUGAUGGAGAAAUCUGUCAGAUUCUCAUUGUUCCCAUCUUAAAUUCAGACCACCAGAAUUCUGCAUCAGUUUGCAUUAAAAAAGG